CUCUUCUUCUUCUCAUUGACUUCGCUUCAUGUACUCUCUGAGUGCGAGAGAAACAUUACCUUACACCAAACCUUGACCAACAACCUAUACUUGAUCCAUACCUCCAUACCACUGCCACUCCUACUGCCGCCUCAAAGCAAGGGGUGAGGUGCGGUACAGUACAUUGACGUCUUCCACCGAGGACAGACUUGAUGUAGCUCUCAUCCGACCCAAAGUACUGGCAAUGUAUCGCUUCAAUUCAUUUGUCCGCUGUCACCCUUGGAGGUCACACUGCCUGCCAAGAACCCUCCAGUCGUCGAUAGCUUGGCGGCGCGGACUUCUUACUCAGAGCUAUGCCCGAGGGCCGUCCGAGCCUCCCUUGUUUGAUUCGACGGUUGGCGACCAUUUCGCCCAGAUUGUCAAGGUACAUGGCGAUCGGACAGCCGUCAUUUCCAAGCAUCAAAACGAAAGAUUAACAUAUGCCGCUCUGGACGCCAAAAGCAAUGCGUUUGCAAGGGGCCUGGAAUCCAUCGGGGUACGCCGAGGUGACCGAGUUGGGGUCAUGCUGGGAAACUCCAUGGAAUAUGCCAUCGUAACUUAUGCACUGUUCAAACUAGGAGCAAUUUUGGUGCCCAUCAAUCCAUCAUUCAACACUACUCAACUAGCAUCGGCCCUAAGUCACCUCAAUACCAGCCAUUUGGUCGUCAGUGCGGAGUCGAACCUGCCCCGGAAGCCUCCACGGAGCAAUGUGCCACUUCUGGAGACUAUCGUGCCGGACCUUGCAAGCCUUAGACUAAAGUCAGAACUCAUCCCAUCACUGAAGAAUAUCAUUCUUGUCGACAACUCUUCUGGUCGCUUCCAAGGCACCGGCUACCGGGUACUUACGCCAUAUUCCUCACUAACAUCCGAUGCUGCGUUUGAUGGGAGCUCUCUACCACCACAGGACCUCUCCCCUGAUGACAUUAUAAACAUCCAAUUCACAUCCGGGACAACGGCUAUGCCCAAGGCUGCAUGUCUGACGCACCGCUCAAUUCUGAACAAUGGUUCUCAGAUCGGAGACCGCAUGCGCCUCACCCCCGAGGAUAUUGUCUGCUGUCCCCCACCUCUCUUUCACUGCUUCGGCUCUGUUUUGGGGUACAUGGCAACGGGGACCCAUGGUUCUGCCAUUGUGUUCCCGACAGAGUCCUUCAACGCCAAAGCCGCCCUCAAAGCAGUGCAAGAAGAACGGUGCACAGCCCUGUACGGAGUGCCCACCAUGUUCCUUGAGGAGCUCAAUCUGCUCGAGAGUGGCGAGGUCUCACCCGAGGGCUUUCAGUACCUCCGGACUGGCAUUGCAGCCGGAAGCAGCAUUCCAGCGGAGUUGAUGAAGAAGCUUCAUAAAGUCCUCAACCUCACCGAACUCACCAUCUGCUACGGCAUGACCGAGACCAGCCCAGUCUCCGCCAUGACUACAACCGAUGACCCGAUCGACAAGCGUAUCCACACCGUCGGCACCCUUCUACCCCACGUGGAAGCCAAAGUGGUUGACCUGGCCGACCACCGCAAGGUUGUUCCCGUCGGUGUCCGCGGAGAGCUGGCAGUCAGCGGCUACCUCCUGAUGAAAGAAUACUGGAACGACCCGGAAAAAACAGCCGAGGUGAUGAUUCCCGACGAGAAUGGGAAAGUCUGGAUGCACACUGGUGAUGAGGCAACCAUCUGCCCAGACGGCUACAUCACAAUCACCGGUCGGGUCAAAGAUCUUAUUAUACGCGGUGGCGAGAAUAUCCAUCCCCUGGAGGUAGAAAACUGUCUUCUUGCCUACCCCGGAGUCUUGAAUGUGUCGGUCGUUGGGGUCCCGGACGAACGAUACGGUGAGGCGGUGGCUGCAUUUAUCAUACACCGCGACGUCGACGGCGAGGAUGCUAAAGAGGAAAAGGUCAAAAAAUAUGUCAACGAGACACUGAGCAAUCACCUUGUCCCGAAAUAUGUGUUUUUCCUGCCCUCCUCGGAGUCUUUUCCGAAAACUGCGAGUGGCAAGGUUCAGAAAUUCAUGCUUCGCGAGAUUGCAGUCAAGAGAUUGAAGGAGAAGGAGAACCAGCUCGCAUGAUGCACUGGCUUGGCUAUUUGGACAUCUAUAUUACAUGAAGAAAGCCGUUGGAUUUAACCAUGGGGUCUGUUGGAUUGAGAUGGAUUGGAAAUGUACAUAGAUGUAAAACAUUCUACGCUAUGAUGAACAAACGGAUGGUUUGUGGGAAGGCAAUGAACGCUACGAUUCGAGGGUGCGUCAUUAUCAUUACUGCUCAUCAUUGGCC